AUGGCUGUGGUUUCCCCAUUUGAUCCUCUGACCUCCAUUCAGUCCCUACGGAUAGCUGGGAGACAUCCCCCCACCCCCACCCCCGGCACGGUCGGAGGCCGGCCCACCAGAGACGGGACCUCAGCAGAAAAUGCUGAUGACCGGAACGAGGAGGAGGAAGAGAGUGACGGCUGUCGGACAGAAAACAGAAGCUUGGGAUACGCUAGAGAGUCGAAAGCCGUGGUGGUUCAAUUAGAUGAUUCAAUAGAUGGAGUGGGUCUGCCUUAUGUUCAACACACAGGGUUUGGAGACCCCCCCCCCAACCCCCCCAUCCUUGGACGCCGGAGCCAACCGGCCAGGUUGGGUAGCAGCUGGGGCCGGGCGUCAACUUGGGGACGAGCGUCCCAGGCCCUCCCGACCCACAGCGAGGGCAACGGUCCAUCCGACAGAGCGAGCCUGCGACGCCAGGUGACCGGAGGGGACUGCGGUCGUUGGAGGCCAGCCAGGUGCCCGCGCGAGCGUGUCCCCCGCCGCCUGGCCGCCGCCGUCCGCACUCGGGACGGCCGCUCCCCCGCGGGUGUGAGUGGCCCGGAACCCGGGCGAAGGCGCAGCCGGCAGAGAGCCCGGGCCCCGGCCGUUCCCAAACCCGCGCCCACGCCCGCAGAGCGGACCCAGCGAACAGCAGGUGCCUCGCGCCCUCCGCCAACGUGCGGCUGGGAGCCGUGGCCGCGCGCACCUGCGCGGCGCCCGCGGGGCGGGGGUCGCCGCGUCCCCGCGCGCCCCCGGCGGGGGCGAGGGGCGGGGCGGGCGGGGCCCCGGGCGGCAGGUGCCGGCAGGAGCCCGCGGGCUGCCGGAGGUCGACGCUCGGCGGCGCGCGGAGGUGAGGAGGGCGGCCGGCGCUUGCAAGUCCCUCCCCUUCCCCCGGCCGUUUCCCGGGGCGCCGCCCGGGCUCGGGGCGGCGGCGCUCGCAGCAUGGCCCGGGGCCCGGCGCGCCUGCAGUUCCGCGUGCAGCUGCGCUUCGUGACCGAGGAGCAGCUCUUCGGGGCGGGGCCGCUGUCUCCCCCCAGCCCGAAGUGCCUGCGGCUGGAGGUGCACCCGGCGGGGGAGGAGGCGGACGCGACGGUGACCGACGCUGAUGGCGUCUGUGUCUUUAAAUGCUUACUCAACAGAGACACGGAAUGUUGCCGCGUGGGGAAGGAAUCCGUCUUGAUCACUCUGGGAUACAGCAGUGCUCUGUUGAAGUUUGAAUCUCACGCAGAUCUCAGCUCAUUUUCAAAUACCUUGAAAAGCUGCCGGAAUGAGAAAAAGGAGUCCUCGGUGUUCAGCCAGCGGACAGAAGAGGCAUCGGCCGUGCAGUAUUUCCAGUUUUAUGGCUGCAUUUCCCAGCAGCAGAACAUGAUGCAAGAUUUUGUGAGGACAGCCACUUACCACAGAGCCAUCCUCCAGAACCACAUUGACUUUAGAGACAAGAUUGUCCUAGAUGUUGGCUGUGGAUCAGGAAUACUAUCAUUUUUUGCCGUGCAGGCUGGAGCUAGGAGAGUGUAUGCUGUUGAAGCCAGUUCUGUCGCACAGUACGCGGAGAUGCUGGUGAAAAAUAACCACCUUUCAGACAAGAUCAUUGUUUUGCCAGGGAAAAUCGAAGACAUCUCUCUUCCCGAAGCCAUCGACGUGAUCGUGUCCGAACCGAUGGGGUACAUGCUGUUUAAUGAAAGGAUGUUGGAGAGUUACCUUCAUUCCAAAAAGUGGCUAAAAGCAAAUGGAAUGAUGUUCCCGACCUUCAGCGACAUCCACUUGGCCCCCUUUUCUGACGAACAGCUCUACAUGGAGCAUUACUCCAGAGCCAACUUUUGGCACCAGCAGUGUUUCUAUGGGGUCAACCUGUCCAGUCUCCGGGGGGCCGCGGUGGACGAAUAUUUCAGGCAGCCGAUAGUGGACACGUUUGACGUUAGGAUUUUGAUGGCUCGGACGGUCAAAUACACGGUAAACUUCAUGGAUGCGGAGGAAGCCGAUCUGCACAGAGUAGAAAUCCCCUUUGUGUUUCAGAUGACACAGUCUGGCCUCAUCCACGGCCUGGCGUUCUGGUUCGACGUGGCCUUUGUUGGAUCUGUGGUAACUGUUUGGCUGUCGACAGCCCCAACUGAGCCUCUGACUCAUUGGUAUCAGGUGCGGUGCCUUCUCCACACUCCCCUCUUUGCCAAAGAAGGAGAGACCCUCUCAGGGAAAGUGCUGUUUAUAGCCAACAGACGACAGAGCUAUGACAUUCAUAUCGUGGCGCUGGUAAACCAGACAGGCUUCAGAUCUGGGAACAUCCUCGAUCUAAAGAAUCCUUUCUUUAGGACAAGAUUCUAAGCAGGACACAGACAGGGCCUGGGCCUUGGCCUUGGCCAGCCCCUGCUUUGCAUGAAGACACAAACACAGUGGCCAUAAGGUCACAGGGAGGACCGGUCAAGGUUGAGCGACUCGCAAG